AUGGAGGAGGAGGAGGAGGAGGAGGAGAAAGGGUUUCAAGUAAACUCAAAAGUAGCACAUGCCUCCUGAUUAAGCAAAAGUCUAUAUAUAAGCCAAACCUAGUUUUAACGUUGCAGACUGUAGAAAUAGAGCUUCUUACUAUUAGGAGGUUUUAAUCUGAUAGCGGAAUCAAGCUGCCGACCUCUGGACUUCCAACAGAGUGAUUUUCGUCACAAGUUAAUAGUAGUAUUCAUCGGGGGCGAAAUCAUCUGGUAUUUCUAAAAAGGGAAUUUGUUUGAAACAAGUAUUAUGAAACAAGUAUAAUGACCUCGACCGACAUCUUCGAUUUUCAUUCAGUUCUUCUGUAGAAGAGGCGAAAAUGCCGGCCCAGUAAAUGUACGGUAGGAGAGGAUGUAGGCAGUUUCUGGACAUGUGUUUUUGAUAUUCUCUCCCACAAAUCAGUGUCUGUCUGAGGUUUGCACGUGGUCAGAUUGUGACAUCCAUGUAUCACCAUUUGCUAGCCAUUUCUCAAGUCUGCAUGACGAAAAUUCCGAUGUUCGGGUGGCCGAAGGGCGCUAAUUUACAUUGUAAAUUUGUGCCUAUGAACAUAGCCAUCCAGUCGAAGGAAUUUUGGAUUUUAAUUGCAUAUAGCUAGGUUAAAUGGAGCUAGAGCAAGAUGAAUAGACCCCUUUUAAAAGUAUUCGUUUGUUUUCACAACACGCCUUAAGUUAUCUAAGCCUGAUGACACCUUCAAAUGCAGGUCUUAUAAUAGGUUUUGCCUUAUCUGUGGGAACAAGGCUGAGAAAUUCAAAGAAAUCCGUAUACAAGCGGAUUGUGAAUACUACGCACACUUUGGAUGUCCAUAGAGUCUCCCCCCGGUCUCACACAAAUUGAACUUCGUAUGAAAAAAUCGCACAAUUGUUUUUUUUCCCUACUCCAGUUCUUGCUUGUUUUAUUCUACUCAACUUAUGGUGGCUGUCUCUCUCGCACUUUCUAGGAAGGCGGAAUAGCUUUGGAAGUAACGUCAAAUAGAAUUUGUAUUAAUUUUUCUGUGUACGAACUGAAUUAAUUCUCACUUGUGAAAAACGUCGCGUCAGAAACAUAUUUUCCGGUGGGAAUUAAAUAUUCUUUCGAAUUCGAAACACGUUUCUGUAUUUGCAAAUAGUAUUUGACUAUACGGUCCAAGGAAACAUAACGUUUCAUUAAAGUACGGUUUUAUUUAAUGAAAAAAUCUUUGGCUGAUGGUGCAGCAUCGAAAAUAAAAAAAUUCGGAAGGAUUUCGUUUUUUGCGUUUACCUUAGAAACAAAGAAGUUAUAUCAGAAAGUAUGACUCCACUGUUUUUUAACUCCUGAGCUGUCACUGCUCUCGAAUAGGUUUGGUGUAUUUGACUUAUACCCAUGCCAUGGUAGAUUUCUAUAUUUCUGCCAAAAAUUUUAGAACGAGUGUAAAUUAGAUGCUAGUUGAAAAAGGGUUAGGAGCUCCAGUUCUAAGAGAAUGGAUAAAAAUGAUUAUGUCACUUGAAAUAGCUAGAUCGCAGUUGGUAGCCAGGCCCCGCAUUACAGGUGGCUGGAGGGUUUGUUUGUUGGGGUUCUUUUGUGAAGCUCUGUAAUCACAUGUGACCUACUUCGUUUCUGAUUUACGGUUGAGGUUAGGAUUAGGGCAUCGGUUAGUAUUUUCCGAUUUUCGGCUUAGGGUUAUGUAUUUAGGUUCAGGUUUUCGGGUUACGGUUGGGAUUUGAGCGUACAAUUAGGUUUAAAUAUUACGGUUAGGGUUUUCAUUUACGCCUAUGCCUAAGGGCUGCAGUUACGUUUACAAUUUCGGUUAGGAUUGUCGUUAGAGUUGACGGUUAACGUUUAAUGUUGAGGUUAGGGUUAAGGUUAGGAUUAAGUUUAGGUCACCGUCCAAUUCCCAUUCCUGGCUACCAACUGCGGUCUAACCCUUGAAAAUAUUCAGCCUUCUGGAAUCCCUCCUAUCAAGAAGUACCAAUUUGCUCUGAGAGCAAUCUAAUUCAAAUGAAAUCGCCUAUCACACAGCAAUGUUUUGUUAGCCAGUGUCCGGUCGAUCAGCGUCAUCAAGGGAAGGAUUAAAAUUUGUCUUCUACUUACUUCAUGAGAAGAUCGAAUUUGAGAUAUCUUGGCGUAUUUUGCUUAAUUUUGUGCAGUCUAUGAGGCACACAACCGGACGGCUGCCUACGUUUUGACGAACGGUUUGAAAAUUUCAACGCCCAUCAGUCUGCUUUUUUCGAGGGAGAGAGUAAAAAUGACAAAUAUUAGUGUGGGCAUGAAUGCAACACAAAAUUAUUCCAUUUAUUAUGAAGGGAUGUGUAUGAUCCAACGACAAAUGUUGUACACUUAUAAGGUCACCUAAUGUGCCAGCAUUUUAUGUGCCUGGACUUAGGAUGUGACAGAACGCGAAUGGUGAGUUGUGUUCAGAUGGAAGUAGUUGGUAUUGGCGAGGCAUAGAAUGGCGGUAAUCAGGACGAGUAACGCACCAAAAUCAAUUUAUUUUCAAAAGGGAUGUUCCGAUCAGUUUUCGUCCUUAGCGAAUGUCGAGAGGACAUAUUGCGGAUUUUGAGAGAGAAGAGAUAUCAGUGAAGAGAAAUGGGAUAGUUUUUGAAGAGGUCGAAAAAUAUACUAUAGUUGCUGGAAAACGAUUCGGAAGGGGAGGAUUGCAGGGAAGGAUUGCAGUUCACCAGAUUGUAAAUACAGAUUGUAAAUACCAGAUUGUAAUACAUCUUCACUCGAUUAUCAGGGGCCACAACGAAUACCACUGUUGACAAAGUACCACAAGAAACAGUGAAUAUGCAGGAUCGCAUAUCAUUCCAUCUGGACAGAGCAGUAACAGCUGAAGUAGGCAAGAAAGGCCGGAUUUAUUGGUACCAAAAAAUUUCGCAACGGUUCCUCAGCUGCGUCCUGUCGCUUCAUAAGAAAGAUAACGAGUGAGAAGAAUACAACAGAUUUGAAUUGGUGCAGAAAAUCAAUCCAGAAACAGCAAGGUCAGGGUUUUGGUUAAAGCUGGCUAAUCAAUAAAGUUAUCAACUCAAACACCCUAGGCCAAGAAAGUGAAGAAUGGGGAACGUUAAAGAGCAAGAAAGAGAGGAGAAAGGGAAAAUCAUGGAGCUAGAGGCUACCAUAGCAAUGUUAGGUUAACCACGUGUUCCAAUUGUUUAUAAAGAUCUGGUUUCACUCGUCGUAUAUAGGCGGCCUCCAGGUAACGCAAGGUCCGAGUUGUUCGUGCCCGAACAAGUACUCGGAAGGAAGUUUUGGGGUCGACGGAGUGACCACUAUCCAACAGGUGUUUCGUAAUGGAGGAACGCAGGAUUUUAUUUUUUUGUCUUAAGAGCCAUCUGGGCAGGUGCUCAAUAGGCCUGGCAGCCAACUGCCUUUGCGUGCUCUCAAUGUACUUGCAUCCGCAAGUGCAUGUGAAUUCAUAAAUACAAUUUGAAGUAGCGUGCAUUGGCAAGGCAUCCUUUGCCCGUGGAAUCGGGAGUGGCUUAUUAGGACUGCAUAAUACCAGUUCGGCUGCACAGUAUGUCCUUUCAAUGGCGGAACGCAGCCGUCGUUUGAUGGUAAUUAAAAUAUUGUCGCCCAUACACGCGUGUUUUGCCGAUGCUCUGCCGCUGCAUGGCGCAGCUGCGAGGAGUUCGACUCGUCAGUGGGUACCCCAGCAUUUCCCGAGUGCUUUCUGGUAGCAACUCUAAUUUAGAAAUUUUUGCUUUUUAAGUGCUUCAGAAAUAAUGUACGAAGUUGGAGUAGAUCAGUUUAUACAGCCUGGAGAGCAGAUUGUCCGGUCGGAAAUCGGAACCCCGCCUCCAGGUGACCAGGGCGAUAACGGUUAGGCUCAAGGUUAAGGCUGGGGUUGGGGCAAGGGUAAGGACAAGAGUUGAGGUUAUAGUUAGGGCCAAGUUCAAGGCUAUAGUCAGCGUUAAAGCUCGGGUUCGUGUUAGAGGUUAGGGAUGGGGUUAGAACGCGGGAAUAGGUUUCCUUCCUGGAAUUCAGCGCAUGGCCACCUGUAGGCAGGUGCCCCUACUCGCAUAUCAAACCGCUUAGUCAUAUAUUCAGAUGCCAUUUACUCAUUCGGUGCCAUUUUGUAACUAAUCCAGAGGAGAUCGCGGGAUAUUUCAGAAAUACAGUAAGCAUUAAUACGAGCAUAAUACAAAUCAGCCGCUAAAUAUCAAGUAAGUUAAUACAAUGACCCGAACAUCUGCGAACUCCCGGGCUUGAAUUAACUGGAAGUAUAUAGGGACUUUUAUUCAGGAAUUCAACUUGCAGCAGGCGAGAUGUCAGGUAUGCGGGACUGUGGGUCAGAAAGUACACAUAGGCUUCAUCAAGAGCAUGUGCAAGCGUUGUAUGAAAUUUUAUAAGUAAAAUGAAGUAAAUUAUCCUUUUACGUUCAGAAUCGCCGCUGUGAAACAGAUAAUUUCGAGCAUUCUUAUUAUAUGAUAUCUGAGGAAAUAAUUUACUCAUAAACCUCGUUCACAUUAACCAUUGCCACGUCUUACAAAAACAGGAUCUAUACGCGCAAAGUUUUCGAAAUUUUGCUCAGAACAGGUAGUCUUACAACUAUUAAAAAGUAUAUCAUCACCUGUGCUUGUUUAUUUACUCGCCAUUGGGCUGUUUUAUUAAAGUUUUUAUGAGAUGUUAUCUUAGCAGUAGAUACGAAGUCUAAAAGUUAAACACUCUUGCUAACUUUUGUUAAUUUAAAUUCAAAAUUGAUUCAAAGUGUCGGCGAAUACUAAAAAGUAAAAAAUCUUAAAACAUGAAUCCCAUAUCUUUUUACUUCUCUUUCUCCAACUAUUUAUGACUAUUUCGGAUUUUUGUAAAAAAUAUGUGACGGAAAACAAGCACUGUGAGACGGCGCUUUUACCUUCUAUAACAAAAUCCGAACAAAAUAGAGGUGCAGUCUUUCCCUCAUUUUGCGAACAUAGGCAAAUCUGUUUAGAAGACAACCAAGUUAGGCUAGGAGCAUCUGUUGCAUAGGAGAUGGAAUCGUUCUCCAAACGCCAGAGACCCGGUUAAACGUCGUCCUUUGACGAAACUUAAGGGUUUUUCUUCGGUAACCAGGCUUUAGUUUUAAUGAAGCACUUGCAGUGUCAGUUGACACGACGUUUUGCUUUCUGUUUAGAAAUGUAUUCAAAAGAUCGAUUUUUCACAUCUGGAACCCCUGUACCAGAAAGCAAAAAAAAUCAAAGUUGGCUCCGAGUCUUGCUAAAGUACGUUAUCAUUUAGGUUUACUUCGAAGAGUAUUUUAGAUAGUGGACCGAUAAACAGGCCCAUCUUAAUUAAACAACAUGCAGUUAGUUUGAUCCGGUUGCGAAAACUAUUUUCGAUUAAAUAUCGCUACCCCGCAGUAAGCGAUUGAUCUCAUGAAAUGUUGGCCAACAUUUAUUUUCGAUCUCCUGUAGAAACCGUGCUUGGCAAAAAUGAUUAUUUAAGUAGCAUGCAUUUUUGAAAAUGAUUUUCGAGGAUCUUAUGCAUUCAAGUAUAUUUUAUAAAGAACAUGAACAAAAAUAUUCUUUAUUUCACUCUUUUAAUAGGGAAUCACGUCGCUUUCAUAUUUUAUAUUCGAAGCGGUAGUAUUAUUAGGGAUCAAAAUGUUUGUACUUAUGAGGUUUUUAAGACCGUGCAGUGUCCAUUCCUACAGCCUCGUACCUGUCCGUUUACCACUGCUCCUCAUGAAAUGUACAACAUAGUCCGCAUCCAUUGCGAAAUGUUGUAGACGUGAAAAAUGAAGUAUUUUCCUUACGUAGAACGCAUACACCUUGUUGACUGAAAUCACUAGGCUCUAAUGCAACGGCUGAUUCAGCUCUUAAUUAUUCGGGAAUCAUAAAACUUUUUUAACGCCUCGCAAGACUCUUUCUUUGAGAACAAAAUAUGGCGUUGAAGUGAUUCUCUACCAAAAAAAUGAAAGAAAGAAUAUUUUUUGUUCAUGUUUUUUUAUGAAAUGUAUAUGAAUCUAUAAGGUCAUCUAAAAUCAUUGUGAAAAAUGCAUGCUACUUAUGUAGUCAUUUUUACCGAGUACGGUCUCUACAGGAGAUUUAAUAUAAGUGCAUUCAAAAGUCGACAUUCUGCCAAAUCCAAAAUACUAUAGAAUUAUGCCGCGGGAUCAUCAAUAUCGUCAUGUAAUCUUUCCUAAUCGAAAAUGCAUUUCAGAAUUUUGCCCAAAAUUUCAUGAGAUUGGCCACUCACUGUAAGUAGUAGUCUUUGUCUUCAACAGACAGCAACGGUUCUUUGUGAGUUUAAAGCCUUCAGAACGGAAAUGAAUCAAACCGGAAAACGGUAUGAAGUCUGUAAUGCUCCCUUGGUAAAGGUGGCAGUGAGAGCUUCUUCCUCAAGUUUAAAAAGACAGAAGGUUUAGCAGGUAACAUUUUCACCCAGCAACGUCUCUCAAGAACUGCCUUUUCUAAUUUUUACUUGUGCGCGAGGUCAACUUAAGAUUUCUCGCUAACAGUUUUACCAGUCGCACAUAAAUAUCCUAAAUAAACCCAAUUUUCUCUCUCCUGAUAGUGCGCAGAAUAUGCCACUUUUAAAUUCUCAUCCAUUGAACAAAGAACGGACUUAGGGCGAUGCUACGCCUUCGCUGGCGCAAAAGGUUAUGAUUGGUCUAACGGUUUUCACCCGUCCAAUUAAACGCCCCUGACAGAGGGGCCUGAUGUAGCCUCUUGUCUUCUUCGGGCGACAUGUUUGAGCUUGUUUGUGCAAACAACGCCCCCCCUCCUACCGAGGGCGCUGCGGGCGAGACAAAGGUGGCCCGACUGUGUCCUGCUGUGGUUUGCGUAUAAAAGCUCAAAAAUGACGCGCUGUACCUCAGGAGCCCUCUCGCCGUUGUGAGGACAGUCCGAUCAGCAUACGCGUAAGCAGUAAAAGGUUUCAUCUGGACGAAUAAUAAUGACCCUAUUAAUUAUUACUACCCGAGUAUAUAUCAGCGAAGUUGAUAGGGACCUAAAUUUUACUCAUCACUAAAAGUAAAACAAAUUAAUUCGGUUUCUACCUUUAUAUACACAUACAGUAGGCGGUGGGCAUCACGAAAUAUUAAACAAAUUUCUGAAAUUUAUUUUCGAUUGGAAAGGAUAAUCUAGGCAGGGUUUCAAUAGAAAUUGUCAGGAAGCAUAAUCACAAAAUACUUCAGUCACGCCAGGAUGUCGGCUUUUGAAUGAACUUUUUUCAGACCGCCUAAAAAAACCACGCGCGGUAAAAAAAAUGCAUAAGUGAGUAGCAUGAAUUUGAUCCAAUGACGUAUAUCUAUCGUUAUGUCCAUUUAAUUGUAAUAUGCAUCUCAUUAAAAUUUUCUAAAAAUGAUAUCUUCUAGCCUUAAAAAAUUUUUAUUUCUGAAUUAUUUUGAACUCGACCUGACUUCGAACUCGCGUCUAGAGUUUUUUAGGUACAAAUUGUACACUUUCUAUAUAGGUACAGGCAUACAUUUCUACAUGCUAUUAAGCACAAGGGUUUGUGAUGGGUACAGAGUAUUUUGCAUAUUUUAUAAGCAGCAAUAAUAACCAGGCAGGUAUGUUAUUAUUUAAGCGAAAGUCUCAAAAAUCGUAUAAUUAUGAAUUUUUCAAGUCGUAAGACACCGUUUCAUGGGCAAAAAUGUAACAAAUGAAGUUUACUAUAUUAUGAAUAAGAAAAAUAGUUUUUUCAUGUUUUUAUGAAAUAAAUUUAAAUUUUUAAUGGAAUCGAAACUCAGCGAGCCAAAUUCGUACUAUUUAAGUAGUCGCUUUUGCCAAGGAUGCCUUUUGCAGGUGGCUGAAAAGAGGGGCAGUCAAGAUCCGGCAUUUGGAUGUGGUUGAAAUGGUGUUGGGCUUUGUCGUAUGACACCCAGGACCAAAAUAUUAUCCUGAUAGUCUCUUCUAGUCGGAAACACAUUUCGAAAUUCUGAUUAACAUUUCACGAGGUUUGUGACAGUGUCUGAUCCCCAGACACCACAAGGUACCAUGUUAAUUUUGGAGUAUUAUUGCGAGAGGUGCACAAAUGUAUCCUUAAUGGGAGCAUGUUCCCUUAUUUUGACAUAUAUAAGAUUCUGUUAGCCUCUAUGAAAAGCAUACCUGUGACUGCCAUUAAAAACUUCCGUUUAUGAAAUGCUCCAUCUGGCAAAUUCACUACGACUAAUUCACAAAUGUCCAUUGAUAAAAAUAUGUUUUUAGAAAGGGGUGACUCAUGUGUCCUUCAUGGAAGAGCCAUAAUCACAUUUUAUAACUAGGAUUUCAUAAAUUUUUUAGUUUUCACCAUAAUCACAUUUUAUAACUAGGAUUUCAUAAAUUUUUUAGUUUUCGCUUUUAAUAUCUGCCUCUGGAAUGGAUUUUAAUGUAUGGUUCCCUAAACGGGACAUGAGAAGCAGGACUAUCCACAGAACAGGUGGCUUUGUGCCGAUCUCCAAUGAAGUUACGGUUAGGCUUAAGGUCAGGGUUAGGGUUAAGCUAGGGAUUAGGGUUAAAUUUAAAGCCAGCGGUAUGGUGAGUCAGAAUAAAGUUCGUGGUUAAACUAGGGGUCUGUUUAACUGGAGAGUUAAAGCUAAGGGUAGGGUUUGCGUGAGGAUUGGGACGACAGUUUCGUUUUAUGUUGAGUUUGUUGUUGUUUCUUCUAGUCGAAAACACAUUUAGAAUUUCUGAUUAACAUUUCACGAGAAUUCUGACGAUGUAGGGAAUCCAGGUUCUGCAUGACAUCAUGUUAAUUUUGGAGUGUUAUUGUGAGAAUGACACACAUUUAGCACUAAUUGGAGCAUGUUUCCUUAUUUUGACAUACCUAAGAUUCUGUUAGACGCUAUGAAAAGCAUGUUUAUGACUGCUAUAAAAAAUUUCUGUUUAUAAAAAUCUGCGUAUGGAAAAGUAAGUAAGACUAACUCACAAAUGUCCAUUGAUAAAAACGUGUUGGUAGAAAAGGGUUACUCAUGUAUUCUUCAUGGCAGAGCCUUAUUCACAUUUAAUAACUAGGAUUUCAUAAAUUUUUUAGUUGUCGCUAUUAAUAUCUGCCUCUGGAAUGGAUUUUAAUGUAUGGUUCCCUAAACGGGACGUGAGAAGCAGGACUAUCCACAGAACAGGUGGCUUUGUGCCGAUCUCCAAUGAAGUUACGGUUAGGCUUAAGGUCAGGGUUAGGGUUAAGCUAGGGAUUAGGGUUAAAUUUAAAGCCAGCGGUAUGGUGAGUCAGAAUAAAGUUCGUGGAGAGUUAAAGUUUAGGGCAGGGUUGGAGUGAAGAUUGCGGAAACAGUUUUUCAUGUUCUGGUUUUUGUUGGGGCUAGAAUACGGGAAUAUUUUGCCCUCUCCGAAAUUAUGCGCACGUCCACCUUUAUUCCCUGGACGGGGCGUUCCUUUCCUCAUGUUCUGCUUAAGAGGCCAUAUAAGUCAAUACUGAAAAUUUUAACGACGUCCAUCUGCUAAGAAAGGCAAGCUCUGAUGAUAUGAUCACGUGUCGUGUUCUUAUUUACUUGUGCACCCUUGCAGUCCUACAAAUAGAGAGAACUUUCGGCGAGAAAAGAUCUUUCGUCUAUGUGUACAAACUGUCCGUUCAUUUAUUAACUCCAAACUUUCCGUUUUCUCACAAUUUGAAAAGACGCUCCCGAGCUCGUUCUUUAAAUUCUGCUUUGUGGAUGGCUCAAAACCACAGCACAAUGAGCAAGGGACCAGUUGGUUAUGGGACUUGUGGACGAAUGUGUUGUCACUGAAGGACGUCAGGGCGAAGCACUUGUUAGACUUUAAGGAAUUAAAUCGAUAAGUGGGAACCCCGAUUUACUUUCAAAAAUAACUAAACAAAAUAAAUCAUGCCGUUAGAUCGCUAACUUAACGCUUUUGCAGUCACAUCGGCCUUUUAAACUAGGGAUAACCGCAGCUUUUUAAGCAUCAGCGUUGUAACAUACCCUGAUUUUCAAGAUACAUUUUAAUUAGCCCUCGUCUCAUAAACCUAGGUGCUUAAAAACAUGUUUAUUUAUACUUUUUUCAAAAUACUACAAGUGUCUUACCUGAGCUGUAAAAGCAGUCAACAGCAAAUUUUGUGCCCUAUACAUUUCCACUGCGUAGAUAGAUAUCAAAGAGCAUCCUCGUUAGAAAUUUACGUACCACUUAACUGGAAGUUAAUAAAAUCGGAAUAGUAGCCUUGAAAAAGAGUAUGACCCGCUUGUUAGCAUAAGGGACACCGAAAAAUCGUUUGAUCCGCAGUUUCCUCAUGGCGGUCAGCCCUGAUAGCAUGCGGCUAUCAAACACCAUGCCGUAUGAGCCAAAGAGGUCAAAAACCCGGUUCGUUCUAUUUUACGUCCCUGGAAUUUUCAGCAAAUACCGUAUUUGGUUGUCGUUUCUCUGUUUUUCAUUCCUAAUGUGCGAGUGUGGCGCAUAAGGAUAUGAAAUUUUGUUAUAUCACGGAAUUCGCAUAUUUUUUUCAAUUCAAAACCAAAUGUCUAACAGCAGAAAGGCUGGUUACUUGACGCGAUUGCCCAACCCGUAAACGCUGAAAAUAUUAGUCCCAAAUGUACAAUAGUGAUCACUCCACAACUACUGACCAUCUUAAGGUCUUCAGAGCCGGUAUGCUUAUAGUUAUAAUCCUGCCUUGUUUAAUUUCUGAGAAAAUAACUGCAUGAACUUGAAGUAAAUUAUUCGGAACGGAACUUUUUCAGCACGAUUCGAAAGUUGAUAUAAUUAUUUGAGAGGAAAUCCAUCAGCUACUGCGGAAUAACCGCGUAAUAUUCACAUGCCGCCAACAGGCAGAUAUUAUCAUAAAAUUGUGAAAUUAACUACCAGACUGACGACACAGGUAUUAGCUAAAAGCCCAGGCGCGCGUUUUUCGCUGAUUCGUGUCGAUGCCUGGCGCAGUUGCGAGGGAUUCAGCUCAUCACUGGGUCCCCUCAGCGUUGCCCGUGUGUUUUUCUGGUAUAUGAACUUCAGUUUCAUCCCGCCUUAUUUAAUUCCCGAGGAAGUUAAUUCGCGAACUUGGAAUAGAUUCUUCGCAACUGGUGUUCAUAUACCAGAAGUCACGCGGGGUAUGCCGGGAGACCCAUUGAUGAGCCGAACCCCUCGCAGCUGCGUCAGGCAGCGGCACAAGAUCGGCAAAACACGCGUGUCUGGGCUUUCAACUUCUACCUGUGCUGUGAGUAUGGUGAAUAACUGCAUAGUCAUAUGCAUGUUAUCAUCGCAAAUUAAAAUUCAGUUGGGCAGCCACUUAUGCCUCUCAAAAAUAUAGUGAACUAUGCCAAAGUUGCCCGACUCCCCGAACCCCGAUACUCAUCUUCGGCCUAGCCAAGUACGAUCGAAAUGCAUUAAUCACUUCUGAAUUGGCGAGAAAAUUCUGUGGUCAGGCAACCCCUUUCUGCGGUUUCCUGGGAACGCUUAGACAACUAAAGGUUCUUAUAGGUCUCACAGAUUUCAGCCACCCUGCACUUUGUUUUGCAACUAAUACGGAUCCGUGAACGCCACUCCUCUGUCGCUUUGGGCUUUCUCGACUGCAGUCGACAAAACAUGGGACUGUAAAUCGAGCAGCCGAAGAGUUAACUCUAUUCCUCAACGACAAACUGGCGGGGGUUGAAAUUCCGGGUCUUUCUGGAUGCUGGUUGGCGCACCUAUUUUUAGUAAGUGUUUGGCAGGGGUUUGGAUAUGAAUUUGAAUCCACUGGUGGCCAGAAUGCAAGCGCAAGAACGAAAUAAAGACUCAGAAGUUGCAUAUGCCGCCUCAAACGGAAAGAUGAGAAGAAGAAAAAGAAGAAGAAGAAGAAGAAGAAGAAGAAGAAAGUGACACGACUGUUGGGACGAAGAUUCUUUUCACCCGACAGUGGCACAACGACUACAUCCUAUAAAUACUGCACUACUUGGGAGUCCAUUAUCCACACAUUUAGCUAUCUCUGAAUUCGAAACGUUAGGUUGAUAAAACUUUUGUCUAGUUGAUCGCGUCCCAUGAAAAGUGUCUAGACGACGACAACAAGUAUGAAAUUCGAAGGUCGUCACCCCACCAAUCGCUAUCGCCUUGCCCGCAUACAGAGUUGGACUCCUGCACUGCCCAGAGAUAACUUAAGGAUGCAUCUCUAUGAACAUUUGUUAUAUCAACCGCUUCGCUAAACAGACAGAAGCCGAAAACAAUAAUUUAGAGGGACUACUACCCCCACUACACGAAGAAAAACACUUGACGGUUUAUAUACUCACGUUAUUCAUUUACCUCGGCUCAAAAUGAAUGGCAAACAGUGCCUCUAAAAAAAUAAUGUCAACCAAGUUGUCAUACACUGCAGAGGUAGGGGAAUCAAGCCCAGUUUUCAAAGCAUCUCGGUUGGACAUGCUUUGUUUUGACAGAGGGAGAUUGAAAACCGUGAUAUCAUUCAGCCUAACUUUCAUUUUUCCCUCUAGCUAAAUAAAAUGGCUGGUUUCAGCAAGCUUUUGUGAUUCCGUGGAGGGCUCUGAUGAAAUUAGCGUGAUUUCCUAAGGGAAAACUGGGAAUACCGUGGGCUGCUUCACUGUGCACCACGAAGUUGUUACACUGUGUUCGCUGUAACAGGAUUUCCAUGUAAUAUUUCAGCAUGGGUUCGCUGUGUUAUAACCCACCGCCAUCAUCAACAGUCUGGAUACAAAUGUCAAACUGUAGGUCUCCAAGGUGUUAGUAACUGUAGCGCAGCCCUUUUGACCCCGAUGCAUCGUCGUCUGUCAUGUUUGGGGCCAGUUAACCGAUGUCGAAACAUUUUCAUCGACACGAUUGCAUGUUAUUUUUUUCCAGAUUGCCUCCUUGUAAUUACUCGUAGGCCUCAACUGAUUUGCAGCAAACCUUUGAGUCUCUUCGAAAAAUUUCGUUUUUGUUUCAGCUUUGAAAUAUCAAUAGGAUGGUUCUAGAAUUCAAAAAAUUUACUACAGUAGGCAAAUUAACAAAAACACGCAGAUGAUACUGUUGAAUGAUUGCCCGAAACUUUUCCUCGCAGAGUACUCGAUUCACGCACAGAAAUGCGCCUUCAACCGAAGGCCCUGUUGAAGUGAAACCCUCCGCAACUCAGUUACCUAAGGCGGGAAAACUCACGAAUAUCAAAUGAUUGGCAAAGAGCAUUAUCCUUUUGACAAGGACAAGGACAGUAAAAUAAUCGGGACUUGCAUCUCCCCCGCAAACCGGCUUUCAUGAUUAAACGAUUCGCCAAUACUCAAAUUUUAAUUGACCAACUCUUGCUAAAGCCAUAUUUCCCAAAUUAAAUUUAAACAAGGAAAAACAAGCAGAAAAACAAUCAAAAUACAAUAACGCCCUAUAUUUUCUUAUAUAUUGUCUAACUGUGAGUGCGUAUUGCACAUUUGUACACCUGGCGGAUAAAAGAAUAUAGACCGCGGGUCAAUCAAACGGAUAGCCGAAGUCGGCCAAGCUAUGAUAGAAAAGGGGGGACGACGGACUUGGUAGAUGGUUGACUGUUCGUGACCCCUAUUGCCCAUACGAAGCUUGUUUGCUUUGGGAAACCAAUGCAUUGGUGUGCGCCCAUUCCCGAUCUGCAGCGACAGGGCAUGGCAGGUGGCGAGGAACUGAUGAACUUCGUUUCGAUGAAGUGCUUAUGUGAUCCAUCUGGUAGACCCCAGUAGUGGACCAACUGCGCCAGGCUUGUCUGUGCGCAUGUUUGUGUUUCCGGUUCUAGCUGGUGGUCAGGGUUAUGAUUGGCUGAAUGAAGGCUCAAUAAGCCUAAAACAGUGCUGUAUCAAUCUACCCCCAGACUCUGCCGACUCCCCUCUACAAAAUGGUAUGUUUACUAUCACGUCUGCAACAAGCGUUCCCGGUUGAAUAGACCAUCACGAAGUUUAUGAAAUCAUUAACGUCUACAUGUGCCAUCACCUUCGCCUUUCCCAGCCUUUUUUGUCUGCCUCCUAGUUGCUUGAAUUUAUCUUUGCGCGCCCAUCCCGCAUGAAGAUCUGAUGACUAUUUUUUUCCUUAAACAGAUCCCUCUGCGAUCGGAGACAGCAUGAACCGAAUUAAUUUCCUUACCAUAGUCUGCAUGUUACUCCUCUGUCUCAUCACGGCAGAAGGCCACCCCGCCGCUCUUCAACGCGCGCUGCGUCAAGCCAAGACUUCUGGACAUCCGUAUGUAUGCUUUACUGAGUCCGAGUUCUCGGAGGUGUUGAAACAGGGGAGCAGUGAUCAGCAACUACGGAAACGAGCACCUGAGCUCAUCUUCGAGGUCGAAUAA